GAGAGACUGGGAAUCUGAAGAGAGGACCGGAGAGAUGGCUAUGGCGAUCGAGCUCGGAGCGUCGUGGGCUGUGAAAUUCAGCUGGACUCAGUCACAUGCCAAUGGAUUUCAACGCUCCAGUGCAAGGACUGUGUCGAUGCCCGUCACUGGUCGAUCCAAUAGAUUUUACCGUUCUAUCUCAGCAGCUGCAGCGGACGCGGCACCCUCUCCUGCCCCCUCUGGCUCACCUACACCCCCACCUGCUGAUGCACCAGCUCCCCCUCCUCCGAAACCAGUUUUCACCAUGAAGAAAGGGCAAAUCGUGCGGGUAGAUAAGGAGAAAUAUUUGGACAGUGUUGAAUACUAUGCAGUCGCUCAUCCUAAAUUUUUCAAAGGGCUUGACUACAUUUAUGAGGAUCGUGGUGAGGUAUUGGACAUCAGGAUGUUCGAGGCUGGAGAGUAUGCGUUGAUUUCUUGGGCUGGCAUUUCAACUUCCCCAGCGUGGCUUCCUACUUCCAUGCUUAUCAAGUCUGACAAGUUGACGUACAGGCGAACAUGAGAAACGGCGAGACGCUAAACGACCACUUACUAUAAUGCUAGGGAAGAAUAUAGCGACUGCCAAGACUUAGGGGAUGGAUUAAUGAUGAUAUCUUGAAUCUGCCGAAACUACACCGAAUCCUGUUCGGUAAUGUAAAAUUAUCAUUCUUUAAGACGUGAAUCAGCUCAUUUCUGUACUGAGGCCUUAACUUCUCAGCCCGAUUCUUGAUUUUUAGGAAAGAGUCAUUGAUAAUGUUCUGCAGUUUUAUGGAGCUCAUAUAUUGACCUUUACAAAAAGCUACGGAGUAAG